UACGACUCUCGAGCGGUAGUGCACGUACAGCUGAUUUGCAACCCGCCGAAGCAACAGCAGAGAAGGAGUAAAAAUGUCGCUGGCUUCGACGCGGACCGUUCUAGGAUCAGUGUCCUUUUAAGAAAAAUCAGACAGCAAAUCGGUGAGUGGGACAGCCGUCACCAGUUGCGUCCAAGAGUCUGCUGUGGUGUUGCCAUGAAUGAUUAUAAGCUUUAUAAAACUGUACAAAGAAAGUGAAAUGUUGUAACAGCUUCAGUGUGGGCGUUUUUACCUUGACGAUAUAGAGAGUCAUCUUACCUUCCCCUUUUGUUAGGAGGGCUUUAACCAUAACCAUUUAAAAAGAGAACAGUAUAGUGUAACACUGCAUGGGACUCUGAGGUAACCUGAUCUGAUAAUUACAGCUUCUGGAGCCUCCUCCCUCAGCUCGAAAGGUAAAACUUCAGAAAAGACAUGGACCCAUCUACCAGGGUGGUGGGUCUGGAUGCCCAGGGGAACAUGCUGUUCACGGUGGUAAAGCCAGUUAUGGGCAUCUUUCAGGUUUCUUCAGAGCAAUCCGGCAGUGUAGGGCAAGGGGGCAUGGAUCUACAGGGUUUAUCUGAAAACACGUUGGUCCUCCCUCAAGUGCAAGGCCAGGCUCCGCUAGAUCAGAACCAGGUGGAAAUGCACAGCAUACAGCCUCACAUUCAGCCCCAGAUGCAGGUUUCUGCCCCAGUCCAGACUCAGGAUGUGUCUCAGAAUGAGGAGCCGCCACCAAACUCAAGCACAAAUUCGGCAUCUGGUACCCAGAUGCCGUUUGCAGAGGUGUCGUCACUCCUGGAUCCCAACAUGAAAGGAUCUAAGGCUCGGAAGUAUCUCAUCUCGUAUGAUGAAAUUAAACGCCGCCUGCAGGCCCCAGAGAAGAUGUCCCUUCGCUCCUUGGCAGCGUACACUCGGGUCAGCAGAGGCCCGGCCAGCAAGAAAACACUCCUGGAGUCGCUUAAUGUACUCGGCCUCACACCAAGCACAACUACCUCUGUAUCCUCCUCGUUCUCCAAACUCACUGAAGGUGACACCAAAGCUUUGUGUGAUGAUAUGAAAGAUUUCGCCCAUGACUACAUUGACUACAGCAACAUGGCGAAACAGCUCAUCCCAGAGACAAACACAGUUCAACACUGGUCCAAAAUUAUUGAAACUAAAAACCACCUUGAGGAUAUGAGGAAAUGUUUCAAGGAACCAGUCAACAGUGGUGCGUUUGAUAAUGUCACUCAUGGCCUUGGCCUGGGAAUGUUAGAUGUUGCCCUGGACAUGAUCAUCAUGGUGAUUGAACAGCAGAUUCGCAUCUUGUCUGGCGCAGCAGCAUCAGACCCAGCUGACUCCGGUCCACCAAUGCGGCGUAUCCGCAGGCGUCACCGCAAAACCCGCUCGGUUGACAUCGAGAAGCCUCACAAGGUGUCUGAGGGGGUCAAAGAGCAGGGGAAGGUCAUUUCAAAAAGCAAAGGGCGAGGCAAAGCCAGGAAGAAACUAAGACCGGAAACUGGAGCAGCCGGUCCUGUGGAAACCCAAGCGGAGCAGUGCAAGCCAGAUGAUGUGGAGAGUAACGUCCUUACCCUGGUUUCUGUGGGAUAUGAGGCGGUUUCCAGUGGUCUCAAUGCAGCUGGAAGUGUUUAACACCUGGUCAUAUGUCUAAAGAACCAAUCAUAAGUCCCAUUCAAAGGGAUACACAGCAAUGGAGUGCAAGCUCUGCACAAGCUGAGCUGGGUUGAGCUCCUGUGAAGGCGAUCACAGUUGUGUUGAGCUCAACAUCAGAGUAUAAUGUCACAUCUUGGAGUUCACCUCAUGUAGCUGGAGCCAGCAGGCCGUUAGCUUCACUUGGUAUAAAGACUGGAAACAGCGAAGCAGUUACCCUGGCUCUGUCUCAAUGUAAUACAUACAUUUAUCAGCAACACUAAGCUAACUAAGCUAAGCUAAGCAAUUGACAUCUCAUUUUGUAAAUCCAUACACAAAAACAGAAGCAUAAAAAGUAGUGUUAGUUUUGUGUUUCUAGCUUUUUUCUGGCAGGCAGAUUUGUUAUCUCUGGACAGAGUCAGGCUAGUUGUUUCCCACUAUUUCCAGUCUUUAUGCUAAGCUAAGCUAACCAGCUGUAUCAACAUGGUCACUGUGCAGAUAAGAGAAUGGUAUCCAUCUUCUCAUCUAACUGUCGGCUAGAGGGCAAUUAAGCACAUUUCCCAAAAUGUUGAACUAUGUCUUUGAGUGAAUCCUCUGUUUAUUUAGUAGCAGGUUUAAUACGUAUUUAGAUUUCUAAUCUGAAUCCUUCUUUUUUUUCCCAACCUAGGUUUUUAGAGAACCGGCAAACUCACAAAUAUAAAAUGUAAACAUGAUGACCAAGCUUCUCACUGUGUAGAGCAGAUAAUAUCAGAGGUCUGGAUUAUAUUUUUUUGCUGGUUGUACAAUGUCUCCUGGUCCUCUGUUGUAUUUAUUGUCUAGAUUUACAUUGUUCUGUACUAGAGUAAUGAAAAUUAUAUUGUCUGUUUUACUGGAACCUCAAGAGCUGAGUAAAAUAUAAAGAUUUAAUUUUCAUAA